AUGUUGUGAAUCGUGUUCCCGUUUCCGUAUGCCAAGAUCACUUCCGGGUAGUCUUCGGUCCAAGAGUGACUCAACGCGCCGAACCGCAGGCACUUCUUCAAGGGUUCACAUGUUUGGACACGGUCAUGGGGGGCAAGAAUAAGCAGCGAACAAAGGGAAAUGUCCGGCCUUCCAGUAGCGGCCGGGCUGCCGAGGUGUUGACCCGGGAGGGAGGCGUCAUACCCGGGUUCGUGGGCUUUGACACGUCACUCACCGCUGACCUGAGCUAUGUUCCCGCCGUCCACGGAGCCGAGGAGAUUGACAACCUGGUGGAUGCUGACUUCAGGCUCGUGCUGAGGAAGCUGUCCAAGAGGGACGUCGUGACGAGGCUGAAAGCGGUGCAAGACUUUGGCUCCAUGUGUCAGGAGCGGAGCACUGAAGACGUGAAAGGUGUGCUGCCGUACUGGCCCAGAAUUUACUGCAAGAUAUGCGUGGACCACGACCGACGAAUCCGAGAGUCCACCCAGCUGGCCUUCGAGCAGCUGGUGCUUAAAGUGCGCCGCAGCUUGGCUCCCUUCUUGAAGAGCUUGAUGGGCCACUGGAUCCUGUCCCAGUGUGACACUUACACACCUGCAGCCUCCGCCGCCUGCCAGGCCUUUCAGGCUGCCUUCUCACCUGCCAAACAGCCUGAGGCUCUUAGUUUCUGCAAGGAUGAGAUCCUCACCGUUCUCCAAGACAUUUUACUGAAGGACACUGCAGACACGCUGAGUGAUGCACAAAGUGUGACGGAGGAGGAGAGAGAAGCUAAGUACGUCCGCAUGCUCACCAGCUCGCUGCUCGGGGUGAAGAGGCUGCUGUCCCUGCUGCCCCAAAGCGACUGCGUGGCCUUGGAGCCCAGGCUUUCGCAGCUUGUCACUGCAGCAAAGUUCUGGAAAUUCGGCAAACACAGAGCAGCACAGGUGAAAGGAGCUUUCUUUGAGAUGCUGUGUUCCCUGUGUGAGCUGACUCCUGCGCUGAUGCAGGCGGAGGCGGCUCGCCUCUGCCCAGCCGUCCUUCUCAGCAUCGAUGACACCGACCCUCUCGUGCUGCCUUCAGUCUGGGAAGCGGUUCUUCAUGUUGUCUCCACGAUUCCUGACUGUUGGACUCACGUUCAUGCCAGGAAAGGCUUCCUGCCCAAACUCUGGACCCUUCUGAGAGAAGGGGGCAAAGGCAUGGCAAAGUCCCUCCACCCCAAUUUGAUGCCACUGCUCAGUAAGCUGCCUCCUGAAGUCACUGACCCAGCCUUGGACUUCUUCUCCUCCUUCUUCUCUGCACUCUUAGAUGGUCUGUGCGGUGAGCGUGCAGUGUCAAGUCCAUCGGAGAGCGCUGUCAUCGUGACCUCAGCUGUCGAGUGCUUGAGGUACACCAUGUUGCAGCACACAGAGCAAGAGGAGGCUCAAGGGAAGAUCCGCUCCAUGCUGGUCUCCCAGCAGUUGCUGCCCCUGCUGGAGCGAGCUCUGGCCAGUCCACCUCUGCAGAACGGCCCUCUCUUCCUCUUAGUCACAGAAAUGCUGGUGUCAUGGGAGAAGAGGGCGACCGCUCCCAGCGACGGCGCCGACGUGUUUCAAGGACUCGUGACGGACUUCUGGUCUGAGCUCGGUGAUCUGUGUGUGCGCUACACAGACAAGGAGCGACCGGAUCAGCAGGCUUUGGAAGGCAUUUCCACCUUGUUGCAGGUGAUGCGCUACCCUGAAAGAGUGAGCAGCAAGAGCAUGCAGAAGAAGAAGUCUGUCAAAAUCUCUUUGUCAGAGGACGAGAAAAGUGACAUUGAGAAGGACCUGGCUGGGAAACCUGUGGAGGCGGUGUCGGAGCUUGUGAAGGAAAUGGCUCUUGAAUCCCCACAGACGCAGCAUUUGGAGGACACCGUCUGCCAGCUGGCCCAGCUGUGCCUGGUGCAUGUGGAUGAGAGAAACUCAGAGCCACAUCUCCUCUUCCUGUCCCUUCUCCUGCGCUCCUUCCACACACCAAAGGUCUUCAGUACCUUGCAACAGGAGGGCGACAUAGUGGGUUGCGAGAAGAGGGCAGAGGUCAGUCCUGACAAUCCGGCUGUCCGGUUCCUGCUGGAGCGAGUGGUGGUGUGGCUUGCUGAGCAGAAGAACAAAGACACCCAACACUUGGUUGAGAUGAUCUUCAGCUCUCUGCACUGUUGCAGCCAACAGGAGACCACGCGCAUCCUUAACCACAUUACCAUGAUGGGUUUAGACUGGUCGGUUGUUCUGCUUCUCAUCCAGAAGGCUUGUGUUGACCCGGAGACCCAUAUGAGCUGCAGGGACUGGCUCAAGGGUUCAGUUCUUGGGGAACAACUGUUGGACUUAACAGAGGAGCUCUGCAAGAUGGAACGUCCUUCUGCAUCCUCCAGCAGCUGGACUCUGAUCAGCCUGGUGCUGUCUCAGCAUCACAACAACGAACCCCUCGUCGGCGAGGUCUACUUGGAGAAGAUCUUGGAGAAGCUCCACGCCACUUUGUCAGAGACCAAGAGUCUGUCAGACGCCGGAAACAUGGAUCCACUGGUCUCCUUCAUCUGCGACGUGGCUUCCACCUUCUUCAUGUCGGUACGCGAUUGUCUCCUGCUGCUCUCGGCCGAGGAACUUCUGUUCACAGUUUUCCAGCUCACGGCUCAGGAUCAAAAGCACACGUGCCUGUCAGACUCACUUUUGGAGAAGUUAAGGAAAGUGUGCACUGCUGGAGUUCGAUCGCUGGUCCAGCACUCUCAAUAUGAGGUGAAGGCCGACGGGUUCCUGCCAAGUGCAGCGCAGUGGGUCAGGAACCAGCUGCUCUCCACCCCUCUUGACAGCAGAAGUUUACAGGUGUUGGUGCUGGCUGUGCAAGACCUCGUGGAGACUCUGGUCUCCGUGUGUGACCACGGAUCCCCCUCUCUGGUCCAGUUUGUCUCUCAGUUGAUUCCCAGCCGACCGGGAUGGGACCAGAUCAGGGAGGCCUUGCCCCCUCAGUGGAUCAAGUCCAGCUUACUGUCGGGCCACUACCGAGGAGCCGUUGAGAAGUCCUCCAUGGACAUGUGGGCGAGUAACGCGUCCAACACAUUACCAGCUCACCUUUGUACCAGUGCCCUGUUGGGCCGAGUCAUCCAGACCGUGGCUGCCCCACCCUGUGACCACCACAAGAAACAAGAUGGUUCCUCAGAAUAUCCAGACCUCAAGGACGCAGCUGCAGAGCUGCUCUUGUCUGCCCAGUGGUGUAAAGAAGUGGAGCUCAAGGCGACAACAGUGUUCAGCCACCUCAGCCUGGGGGCUGACUGGGGCCGAGCCGAGGGACUCCAGAAGCUUGUCCCGCUCAACGACCUGCUGCAAACACUCUACACCAGAUCGGCAGAGGAGGGCGGACUGUGGUCUUUGACUCUGGAAACCUUCAUCCGUUCCAACAACCUGCCGGCCUCUCACAGGUCAAACCUAAGGAACCUCUACGGACCCGUCGACAGUUUGAUGCCGUUGUCUGGAAGCAAACUGAGCACGCUCCAGGUGCUUUGUCCUUUCCUGAGCAAAGAUGAGAGGGAGACUUUGGUCACACUGGCCACUGCGGGGAUUGUCAACUGGCAGGAGAACCACGACGCUCACGGCUGCCUCUCAGUUCUGCUGCUGUGUCUGGAAGCCAACACUCAAGUGGAGGAGGCGGUUUUGCUGGCUCUUCUGGCCACAAUGAUGGAGUGGAGGAACAGCAAGGAGGAGUGGUUCCUCUUUGGCGGGGACCUGUCUGAGGCUGGCGCCCAGCAGUUGAGUCUCAUCGUGGAGAUGAUGCGUUUCCUGUCCUGGCUGGUGACUCACAGAGCCGCCGUCCUCGGAAGUGCUCAGUGGGACUUCUUACUCUGCUCCCUGCUGGCUUGGCUGGAGGUGGCCAGCGACAACGUGGGUGCUCUGUGGAACCCCUGGGUGCAGCUGGUCCUGUGUGAGAACGCGGCCAUGAUCGUGACCUUGAGCCAGUUCUUCACGUCGCCUCCACCAGAGCUGCUGGAGAGGUUGCCACCGGGACUGGCCGGCGAAUGGACGGACUUCUUCCUGGAGGGGAUUUCCAGUCUGUUGCUGCCCCUGCCGGUCAGGAUCACAGAAGCCUUCAAAGAACCGGAUGAGGCGCUGUUUCCUGCGGCGCCGCUGCGCUCGGUCAGCGCAGCCCUGGCGCACGUGCCGCUCCAGCAGCUGAGGCAGAACUCGCUCCCGCCGCGAUUCGUGGCCGACCAGAUGACCAACCUGCCCGAGCCUCUUCAGACCCUCCUCAACACCUUCUGUCCUCUGCUGCUCUUCAAGAGCCGAGCGCUGCAGGUGGCCGUCUAUCACCUGCUGGGGAGGGUGAUGCCGCAGCUGCCGGAGUGCGACGGGGAAGCAGAGGGCGCCAAGCCCGACGACGACGGCGCGGGCGACCAGAGCCUGUCUCCUCCUGCGGCGCUGAUGAGCGUCCUGUCCACCUGCGAGGACCUGUGCCAGAGCAUCCUGGCCGACCUGCCAGUCGGGGAGUUCGCCGUGGUGCACCCUCUCAGUGUGGAGUACUCGUGCAACCUGGGAUACCUGCUGUCCUGGAGGCUGCUCCUCACCUUCUUCAAGUCCUCGCCGUCCCAUCUGCGAGCCCAUUACUCCCAGCACCUGAAGAGGAGCGGCUCGCUGAACAAGCUCCUGCACCACCUCUUCAGACUGAUGCCAGAGAACCCCACUGUCCCGGGACAAGGACCUGAGACCAAAGAGCCCAAAACGUUCUUCACUGAGCCCCUGGUUCUGGAGGUGGACGAGAGGGCGGGUGUGCAGUGGGAGCUCCCCCACCUGGCCUGCAGCGUGUACUACAGCGCGCUGCAGCACCUGCCUGCCAUGGUGCGCCUGUGGUGGAACAGCCAGGAGAAGCGCGUGAGCGCGGCGGCCGACAAGUUCACCAUGAAGCACGUCAGCCCGCUGCUCUCGGGCCAGGAGAUCUCGUCGGUCCACAGCAGCACCCAGAUGUUCCAGAACAUGACGGUGAAGGCUCGCUCGGCCGCGCGGGAGGUCAUCGCCACCUACUCCGUGGACGACAUCUUCAUCGAGCUGGUGAUUCAGCUGCCGCAGAACCACCCGCUGGGCUCCAUCACGGUGGAGAGCGGCAGGCGAGUGGGCGUGGCCGUGCAGCAGUGGAGGCACUGGAUGCUGCAGCUCAGCACCUACCUGACGCACCAGAACGGCAGCAUCAUGGAGGGUCUGGCUCUGUGGAAGAACAACGUGGACAAGAGGUUCGAGGGCAUCGAGGACUGCAUGAUCUGCUUCUCCGUCAUCCACGGCUCCAACUACUCGCUGCCCAAAAAAGCCUGUCGCACCUGCAAGAAGAAAUUCCACUCGGCGUGUCUGUACAAGUGGUUCACUUCCAGCAACAAGUCCACCUGCCCGCUCUGCCGCGAGACGUUCUUCUGAGCCGCGGCUCGCAUGACGCGCGGCGAUGGUUCCGCCACCUCUGAGUUUAGGUUUUAAUCACAAAGGACCUGGAUUCAGGUGGAUAUUUCAGCCUGGACUUGGAUGGAAGGUUCCACGUGUUCUGAACCUGUUCACCAUUGUUUCCUGCAUUUCACAUGUCUUAAGGAUGAAAGUUGUUUUAAUGGUUCCUAAUAUUUAGGAGAAACUGAGCAGAGUUUGGACACGAGUGGAGAGAGCAGGGUGGUGUCUUCCCUCAGUGCCGCUGGACACACGCUUGGCCUUGAAUAAAAGACAAUGGAUGAAGACACUCGCCUGUUUUUGUCUGCAGU